AUGACGUCGAUAUGCCUUCCAGGCAACCGCAGCCAAGAGAUGCGGGACCUGGAUGAGUUGGAUCAAUCAUCGCUCUUGGACUUGAAGGCAGGACGCUGGGGGCUCCGGCCCGAACCGGUCGAGGACUUGAGCACGGGAGAGGCCGUCGAAGCAGACUGGGACGCAGACCCAGAGCAGGCUGACAACACGUCGGACUGCAGGGACGGCCUGGCGUCCAGCUGUGACCGGGACUUCCUGGAAGCUCCGGAAGCUCCGGAAGCUCCGGAAGCUCCGGUGAGUGUCUCUGAGUCCGAGAACUGGCCGGCUUCUCUUGCGGGCUUGCCUGACGAUGAUGUUGCCAGCAAGGAUGCAUUCGCCGAAGAUGCUGGUGAGGAACCUGAGCCCGACGAGUCCGAAGUAGUCACAGGGGACCUCAGCCUCCACACGCUGCCAGAAGCAAACGUUACAAGGUCCGAGACGCUUGAUAAUCUGACCAAACGCGGGGGGAACACUCUCUCUAACUCUAACUCUUCCCUGUGUCUACCUGUUGAGAACAUGACUGGAUAUGUCGUGACGGAAGACUCCCUGCAGCUACAGCACUUCUCCGUGAAUGCGGCAUGCGCCAUCGGCUUCUAUGGAGCUGCGACCGUCGCAGAGUGCGAUGGACCAGGGAAGCCAUACAGGCUGAGUGGAUGCAGGCAUCAGUCGGAGGAGUUGUGCCUAAUGGCAAACACUACAGGCUAUCUCGUCACGGAGUCGUCCCUACACCGGGCACACUUUGAGGUCUUGGCCGUUUGUCUUCCAGGCUGGAGAGGCCAGGCAAUGGCACAGCCCUGUGAAGACCCGGGCCAACCAUACCAGCUGAAGGGCUGUGAGAGGACCGAAAGUGAUAGCCAUGAAAGCCUCGCGGAGCCACAGUCAGAGCCACGGUCAACACCGUCAGCGUGGCCCUGUGGCUUUGGCCCCGAUGACUCUUGGAACGCCGAUCGUCUUGCGGUUUUUGUGGAGGAUCUCACCGCCUUGGCCACAGACCUGGAAGGUCACCUGCACAAGGUGCAGAGGAUGGCCAACCUCUCGGCCUUGCCUCCAACGGACGAGGCCACAGCCGCCAACGCGGCGCUUGCGCGGCUGCAGGCCGCUGGGAGAUCGGGAAGCUCCUCUUUGCUUCACCUUGCGCGUCGCCUCGGCGCGCAGGCCGCACGCUUGGAUCCCCGAAGCCCCGAGAGUGAGACCCUGCGUGCCUGGGAGGAUGUGGCGGAGGAGGCCGAGGAGGCUUUGCGAGAGGCUUUGCGAGCCGAUGGGGAGGUGGACCGAGACACGAACACGGCAGAGGCGAUAGGGGCAGCGAGAGGCUGUAACCUUCGUGGCGUAGAGGCUGCAGGCAAACGCUUUGAGGAGACCAUUCAGGGAUUUCGGGGCCAGGUGCUUUCCAACAUGCUUCCUCGCGAAGUCGACAAUUUGCACAGGGUGGUGCACACUCUGGAAGUGCUGCGCAACUCACUUCUCCAGCACUUUGAAGAGCCGGCACAAGAUCCAUUAAUGCCAUUGUCGGAUUGUGAGCGGUAUGUUUCGGGCGUCAGCCAGCUGGAAUCGGACCUUGCCCAUUACCGCAGCCUCUUGGAGCCGACGAAAGCUGCGAAAGCCCCGGCAAGUGCAAGGCCUGUGUCGCAGCCACUCAACGGGCAGCUGCCACCGCUGGAGCUGGCGCCCAACAUGCCGAGACCGAGGGCAACAGCCACAGGUGCUCCGGCUCUCGAUGCAAGGCUGGGCUUCCCCGGCCUCCCCGGGCUUUUCCCAGCCAACUGCUCCCAAAGCCGAGGAAGUUGUAAAUGA